CGUCCCAGCCCACUUCUUCCGCUCUUCGUCCUCAGCUGUUAGGGUUCUCACACUGAUCCAAGCUGAACAAACGAAUCGAAGCAAAUACGAGAAGAACGUUGGAGGCUUAUCAAUCAUGGCGUCCUUCAUGCAGAGAUUUUCGUCGAAGACGAAGAUCAUCGGAAAGAGAUCCACUAAGAAGUACUUGGAAGAAGCGCUUUACCAGAGACUAUUCAAGGAUGGAGGAAAAGAGAAUUGUGUUGGAAAAAAUCUGAACGAGUUCCUGAAAUCCCGCAAAAGCGCGUACAAAUGGGAGGUGAGUCGCUCCGUCAAGCUCCUCCGGGAGAGAAAGCUCUAUUCUCCGGCUGUCAAGUUAUCAGAAAAAAUGGAGAAGAGGGGCAUGAAUAAGACUGCUAGUGAUAAAGCCGUGCAUUUAGAUCUUGUUGCGAAAAGCAAAGGCAUUGCUGCUGCAGAGGCAUAUUUUACAAAUCUUUCAGAACCAUCAAAGAAUCAUUUUACGUACGGCUCGCUUUUGAACUGUUACUGCAAGGAAUUAAUGACCGAGAAAGCAGAGGCCUUGUUAGGGAAAAUGAAAGAACUCAACUUGCAGUUAACUUCAAUGCCUUACAACAGCUUAAUGACUCUCUAUUCAAGAACAGGACACCCAGAAAAGAUUCCGGCAAUUGUUCAAGAAAUGAAGGAAGGUGACAUCUUGCCAGACUGUUUCACCUAUAAUGUUUGGAUGAGGGCUCUCGCUGCACUAGGUGACGUGUCUGGAGCAGAGAGAGUUAUUGAUGAGAUGAAAAGGGAUGGCCGAGUUGCUGAAGAUUGGACCACUUACAGCAAUUUGGCCUCAGUUUAUGCUGAUGCCGGUUUACAUGACAAGGCCGAGAACGCACUCAAGGAAUUGGAGAAGAAAAACACAACCAGAGAUCUCAUCGCCUACCAGUUCCUCAUCACACUCUAUGGAAAAAUUGGAAAAUUGACCGAAGUAUAUCGUGUUUGGCGUGCUUUAAGGCUUGCCUUUCCCAAAACUGCAAACAUAAGUUAUCUCAAUAUGAUCCAGACAUUGAUCAAGCUGAAUGACAUACCGGGUGCAGAGAAAUGUUUCAAGGAGUGGGAGUGUAAAGAGCGACGUAAGUAUGACAUUCGUAUUGCAAAUUCUCUCAUGGAAGCUUAUGCCAAACAAGGGUCCUUGGAAAAGGCUAAAGAACUCAAAAAACGGGCACAAGGAGGUGGGGCCAACCCAAACACAAAGACAUGGGAAAUUUUUCUAGACUAUCGCAUGAAAAACAGGGAGAUUUCUUCCGCCAUUGAGUGCAUUGGUAACGCAAUUGCAACUGGAAGACGUGCUGGGACGAAAUGGGUACCCUCAACUGCCAUCGUUGGGGAAUUAAUGAGACAAUAUGAAACAGAAAAAGAUGUUGAGGGAGCAGAACGAUUCGUGGAGGUUUUGAAGAAGGCUCGUGAUCAGUUGAGCAGCGAAGUGGUCGAAUCUUUGAUUAGAACGUAUGCAGCUGCUGGGAAAACAUCUCCAAUCAUGCGUAGGCGUGUUAAAAUGGAGAACGCGGAGCUGAGUGGGGAAGCCAUGAAAUUGCUGGAUGUCAUCUGUGUGGAGUGAAAUUUAUAUGAUCACCCUCUCUUCUAUCUCUGAUUUGAAGAUCCCCAUCAAGGGCCUGAGUCUAGAUAGUUUCUGGGUGUUGGAAUUUUUAUGCAGGCUUCUUUGCAGAUGAGUUGUGAAAAGCUCAUAUUUUUUCAAUACGGAUUUGUCAACGAAGUGAGUCGUUUCUUGCAUUGCUUUUGCUUAGUUCUUGAGCAAAUGUACGUCCAAAUCGUCAUGGGGGUUCGUCACCGAGCCUUUGAUGUCAAUACCCGUUAUGACACUUGACAAAUAAUACAAUGAGAGAAGCAUUUCUUGUUGAUGCAAUUUGUUCUGGUUUUGCUUCUGACACAAAAGAGUGGAUCAUGUUUCUGUUUUUA